AUCCCAUCACGUCGCGAAGCUCACCAGAAAACCAACCACGACUAUCUCUCAACUUUGUCUCUCUCUCUUCUCUCUCUCUCUCACACUUUCUCUCUCUCACUCUUUUUCCCUCCCCCGUGGAACACCUUCUGGCCUCUGAUAUUAAUUGCUAUUUAUGUUGAAACUGUGGAAAAGGGCAGAAUUAUACCUGCAGUUUGGCCCUGCCUAGCACCAUUCUUGAUCCACACCCUUGCUUGACUCUUUUGCUGCUGGGACUUUGCCUUGCAAUGACAGAUCAGGACAAUUCCUAUAGACCACGGUCCCCUGAUUUUUCCAGUUUUACUGGAACCCUACAACAGCAGCCUGUUGCUGAUCCAUACAGCCAUACACCCUAUGCAUUUCCGCCCCAGUUGACCCCGCAAGCCUCCUACGACGCCUCUCCCUUCUUCAACCCUCACGUCCCCCGCCCUUCCGUCUCCUACCAUCCACAACCUCCUUUUACCUCCAACUUUGCCGAGAUGGCCCCGCAGACCCGAUCGAGGACAUUGCUACAGCAGCAACAGAGUCAGCUCCAGCAACCCACACCCCAAGAGCCACCACAGUAUCAACCUCGGCACCAGAAGGUUGCACAACAGUAUCCACAAGCAGGACCUCAGCCUCCUGUCCAACCUCCGCUGGAACAAGCAUAUCCCCAUCACGACACGUCUCCUGAUUCCCACUCUUCAAGUGUAGCCAAGCCCGAGCCGGAAUCGUCUGCGGGCCCGUCGAUGGGCAUUGAGAUCAAGACGAAGUUUCCCGUCGCGAGGAUCAAGCGGAUCAUGCAAGCCGAUGAAGACGUCGGCAAGGUGGCCCAGGUCACUCCUAUUGCUGUUUCCAAGGCACUCGAGCUAUUCAUGAUCUCCCUCGUUACAAAAGCGGCGCAGCAGGCGAAAGAGCGCUCUUCCAAACGCGUCACUGCCAUGCAUCUCAAGGAGGCGAUUGCGAAAGAUGAAGUCCUAGAUUUCCUCGCCGACAUCAUAUCUAAGGUACCAGACCAGCAUACAAGCAAAAAGGACGAGGAUGGGAGUGACCAAGACGAACAUCGGAAAAGAAAAUCCAGUAGCCGGCGCAAGAAAGAUGACCCCGAUGACUUUUAGUAUGAAACUCUGCCUUAUAUAUUUAGUUGUUACCCUAGAUUAUGGGAGGUGCCUACUCUCGGCAUGAACAUAUGGCGUUGGUGGGGAUUCUUUUUUUUUGGGUUACUUAGCAUUGCCCUGUAUGUGUCAUGCGGCAUGGUUUUAACGAUUUUUUUUUUUAAUUCUGGAUGGCAUGGGGUUU